AUGGCCGCCGUCGUUGUCAGAUUUCCGCCUCCGCAGGCGGCGUCGUGCUCCCCCGAGCUCAGAAAUACUCGUUACCAUGGGUUUUGCUUGUGGAUUGAUGUGUCUGUCCUGAUGCCUGGUCUGACAAUAUUGAACAAAUUGACGAGUCAAAUAAAUGCCAAGAGCUUUAGGGCAAUAGUUUGGAGCAUUAGUAAAGAUUUUGCAGUUCCAAGAAGAAAAGCAACUGCAUUGCUUUUAUCGGGUUUCAUCUUCUCACAAGCCGACUUGCACAAUAUAGCAUUCGCGCAAUCAGUUGGAUUUAGAGAAUAUAUCGACACUUUUGACGGGUACUCAUUGAAGUACCCUCAGAACUGGAUUCAAGUCCGUGGUGCGGGUGCUGAUGUAUUCUUCAGGGACCCUUUUGUUCUGGACGAGAAUGUCUCGGUGGACAUUUCUUCACCGUCAUCCUCCAACUACUCAAGUGUCGAAGAUUUAGGUUCGCCUGAAGAGGCCGGGAAGAAAGUGCUUAGGCAGUAUUUGACUGAGUUUAUGUCCACAAGACUUGGUGUCAGGCGAGAAUCGAGAAUUCUGUCGACCUCCUCGAGAGUAGCUGAUGAUGGAAAGCUGUAUUACGAAGUUGAGGUAAACAUAAAGUCGUACGCCAACAACAAUGAAUUAGCUGUGAUGCCUGAGGAUCGUGUGGUGCGUUUAGAAUGGAACCGGCGUUAUCUUUCGGUUCUUGGAGUUGAGAACAACAGACUAUAUGAAUUGAGGUUACAGACACCAGAAAAUUCAUUUGAAGAAGAGAAAGCUGAUCUUCGUGAGGUUAUGGAUUCAUUUAGGGUCAACAAGGUGUCUGCUUGAGUGUCUCUUUCAAAAGUUUUUUUUUUUUUUUUUU